GAGGAGAGGCAGAGAGAGAGAGAGAGAGAGGUCUUCCAUCCGCUGGUUCACUCCCCAAUUGGCUGCAACAGCUGGAGCUGUGCCGAUCCGAAGCCAGGAGCCAGGAGCUUCUUCCGGGUCUCCCACUCAGGUGCAGGGGCCCAGGCACGUGGGCCAUCUUCUGCUGCUUUCCCAGGCCAUAGCAGAGAGCUGGAUCAAAAGUAGAGCAGCUGGGACUCGAACUGGUACCCAUAUGGGAUGCCGGCACUGCAGGCAGCGGCUUAACCCACUAUACCUCAGCACUGGCCCCAUCUCCCAAGUGUUGAUUUAGUCUUUCCUCCCCGCUGUCGUGGUGUGCGGAGUGGACUCCAGCGCUCGCCAUGUCUUCUCACAAGACUUUCCGGAUCAAGCGAUUCCUGGCCAAGAAACAAAAGCAGAACCGGCCCAUUCCCCAGUGGAUUUGGAUGAAGACGGGCAACAAAAUCCGGUACAACUCCAAGAGAAGACAUUGGCGGAGAACCAAGCUGGGUCUCUGAGGAACUGCACCUGUGACGGCACCAAGGUCACUGUCAUCUUACCACAUCAAGCUGAAGAAAGUACCACCACUUUCUGGACAGCUGGACACGUUUUACUGGGAAAAAGGUUUUCCCUUUUGUUUCUAGAGUCUGUAGAAGAAUGUUAGUUCUGUAAUAAAUAUGUGAAACUUUUGUUUUGACUGCAAAAUAAAAUCAAGGAAUUUUUAGAAAAUUGAA